AUGCCAAUUCGAUUUCACUCAACACUUUUCUUGGUGCUUUAUCUCUUUCCAAUCACAUUUGGUUACUCUCCAAAUGAUGCGAAAACAUGGUGUAGCCAAACUCCUCACCCAAAACCAUGUGAGGAUUUUCUGAGCCAUAACCCAACAACAACCCCCAUCAAAGAAAAAUCCCAAUUCUUCAAGAUAUCAACCCAACUAGCCCUAGACCGUGCCAUCCAUGCUCAAACCAACAUGUACUCAUUUGGCUCAUCAAAGUUCCAAAAUGCACACGAAAAAACUGCAUGGGAUGAUUGCCUUGAGCUCUUUGAUCUCACAAUCCAAAAGCUCAACAAAACCGUAAAUCCCACCACCAAGUGCACCCAAGAUGACAGCCAAACAUGGCUGAGCACAGCUCUCACAAACCUAGAGACAUGUCGAGAAGGCAACACUUUGGCCAUAAACAAAGCUCCAUACACUUCUCAGCCAAACUACAAAAAUGGUUUCCCAACUUGGGUGAAGCCUGGCGAUCGAAAGCUCUUGCAGUCGUCUUCGGCGAAGGCUGAUGUUGUGGUGGCCAAAGAUGGGUCCUGGAAUUACAAGACCAUAAGUGAGGCAGUAAGUGCAGCGUCAAAGAGAAAAGGUAGUGCAAGGUAUGUGAUAUAUGUGAAGGCAGGGACAUAUAAGGAAAAUGUUCAGAUAAAGUCGAAGAAUAUCAUGUUGAGGGGAGAUGGUAUAGGGAAGACUAUUAUCACAGGAAGCAAAAGUGUUGGUGGGGGUUCUACAACCUUCAAUUCAGCUACAGUUGCUGUGGUUGGAGAUGGGUUCAUUGCCCAGGACAUUACAUUCCAAAACACUGCUGGUCCAACAAGCGGCCAAGCCGUGGCACUCCGUGAUGCCGUUCAUACAUGGCCAGCAAUUUCAUCUGGGCGCCAGUUCUCAACUACCACCGUUUGCCUCUCGGUUCCUCAUCCACCGCUCCCGUUGUUCUUCCUCGGUGGUGUGUGGUGGUCCGUGGCUGCGAUUAAAGUGCAUCAUGCACUUAACACUUGGAUUAUGGGAGCGCUUCCGCGCGGGUGGCCUGCUCACCCCCAUCUUCCGUUGGCCUCUUUGAUACCCCCUGGUGUCGGUACUCCUCCUUGGUGGUGGCAGAUCUGUUCCUGGUGGUGUUGUCGGCAUGCUAUGUGUGGCUGCUCUUGUGUUCUAGAUCUAGGGUUUCUUUCUGGUUGGAUGGAAUGGAGUGGUAACUUUGCCUUGAAGACUUUGUAUUAUGGUGAGUACAUGAAUACAGGCCCUGGUUCAUCCACUUCAAACAGGGUCAAAUGGGCAGGUUACCAUGUCAUUACAAGUGCCUCCGAGGCUUCCAAAUUUACUGUUGGGAACUUCAUUGCGGGUAAUUCUUGGUUGCCAGCCACCAAUGUGCCUUUCACCUCUGGUCUAUGA